AUGGAUUGGGCUCCGUCUCAAGAAGGGUUGUCCGACUUGUUGCAGCUGCUGAAGAACUCUGUUUCUCCAAGCACUCAAGUUCAUAACAUGAUACAAGAAAGACUUGAAGGCUACAACAAAGUACCCGACUAUCCAAAAUGCUUGGUCUAUAUACUCACUCAAGUACGACAAGAAGAUACUUCGACUCGUGCUAUCGCCGGGCUACUACUUAAAAACAAUAUCCGUCACAUGUUUCCGAAUCUGUUACCGGAAACAUUUUUAUACGUGAAAACAUUAUUAAUAAAAGGACUGAGCGAUCCGGAUCCAAUGAUUAGAAGUAUUGUAGGAAAUGACAUUACGACGAUCGUUUCAAGAGGCGGUUUUGAGUCGUGGCCGGAAUUGCUGCCUACUUUGAUAAGUUUGUUGGAUUCUGAGGAUUACAAUACAGUUGAGGGCUCAUUUGGUGCAUUACAAAAAGUGUGCGAAGACUCGGCUCGCGAAUUAGACCAAGAAAUUCACGGCACUCGCCCAUUAAAUUACAUGAUUCCAAAAAUUAUUACAUUUUUCGAGUCGCCACAUGCAAAGCUCCGUGUCUACGCCAUAUCAUGCAUCAACCAGUUUAUUCUGAUGCGCUCUCAAUCAUUGUUUAUCCAUAUAGAUGCCUUUGUAAGCGCUCUUUUUAAAUGUGCAACCGACAAGAACGCCGAAGUUCGCAAGAACGUUUGUCAGGCUCUGGUGAUGUUACUUGAAGUUCGCCCCGACAAGCUUAUGCCAGAGAUUAAUAACGUGGUCGAAUACAUGUUAUAUUCCACUCAAGAUUCUGAUGAACAAGUGGCGUUGGAAGCAUGCGAAUUCUGGUUGGCAUUUGCUGAACAACAAGAUCUUCUUGAGGCUCUUCGACCUUUCCUUCCUCGCAUUGUACCCGUCUUGCUUAAAGGUAUGGUUUACAGCGAGAUGGAUCUCUUAGCCCUUGGUGGCGAUGAAGACGAUUCCAAUGUCCCAGAUAGCGAACAGGACAUAAAACCGCGUUUCCAUCGUCCAAAGCUUCAUGGUUUCGAUCGUCCAGCUGAUGCUAAUGGGACUGAUGCGGCUGCUUUGGAUGUGAUGUCAACUGUAUUUGGAAAUGAACUUCUUGAGAUUUUGUUGCCUUUCUUAAGAGAGCAACUGUUUCAUCAAGAUUGGAAACACAGAGAAUGUGGUAUAUUGGCUCUUGGUGCUGUUUCAGAAGGGUGCAUGGAUGGUGUUACACCACACUUACCCAAUCUGGUUCCAUAUCUGAUCCAAACGCUCAAUGAUCCCAAGCCUCUUGUUCGUUCUAUAACGUGCUGGACUUUGGGCCGUUAUUGCCGAUGGUGCGUUCAUGCUCCUCCGCCCGAAGAGAACAAAUACUUUGAACCGUUGCUUGAUGGGCUCUUACGCAGAGUACUUGACAAUAAUAAGCGGGUCCAAGAAGCGGCUUGCAGUGCUUUUGCCAUUCUUGAAGAGGAAGCAUGCGAAAAAUUAAUACCGUACUUGAACCCGAUUUUGAGUAAUUUGGUAUUCGCAUUCUCCAAAUAUCAGCACAAGAAUUUGCUAAUUCUAUACGACGCGAUCGGUACCUUGGCUGAUUCGGUCGAAUCUGCAUUGAAUAAGCAAGAGUACAUUGAUAUUUUAAUGCCGCCACUCAUUGAAAAGUGGCAUUCGUUGAAGGAUGAUGAAAAAGAUUUAUUCCCUCUCUUGGAAUGCUUAUCGUCAGUAACGACAGCUCUUGGACUAGGCUUCGAACAAUAUGCGCCUCCAGUGUUUGAGAGGUGUCUGAAACUGAUCGAGUCCACUUUGUACCAAUCUCAGUUAUGUCAGCAAAAUCCAACGCUCGAUUUGCCAGAAAAAGAAUUUAUGAUAGUUGCACUCGAUUUACUCAGUGGGUUAGCUCAAGGGCUUGGUAGUCACAUUGAUCCGCUGGUGGCAAACAGUAACCCAUCAUUGAUAAACAUGCUUGGAUUCUGUAUAGUCGACCCAGUUGACGAUGUACGACAAUCAGCCUAUGCGCUCCUCGGUGAUCUUGCUAUUGCAUGCUUCCAUCACAUUCGACCACACCUCGACAAGUUUAUGAAUGAGUUAAUCAAACAAGUUGAUCCCCAUGCUGAUCACGUGAGCGUAUGUAAUAAUGCAGCAUGGGCAGCUGGUGAAAUCGCUCUAAAGGCUGGUCCAGAUAUGGAACCAUAUAUCAAUCCUCUGUUAGAACGCCUUAUUCCUUUGUUAAAGAACACGAACACAUCACGAACUUUGCAAGAGAAUGCUGCUAUCACAACUGGAAGGUUGGGUAGAGCAUGUCCACAGCUUGCCAUGUCAAUGGAACAUUUCGUCGAGGACUUAUGCCGAGUGCUAAAACAAAUUCGAGACAACGAAGAAAAGGAGACUGCCUUCCAAGGUCUUAUAGAAAUGAUUAAAGUUUAUCCUCCUGGAAUUGCCAAGUCAUUCUACGAGUUCUGCCAAGCAGUUUGUAGCUGGCAGAAUCCAUCACCAGAAUUGAACGCUUCUUUCAGUAAUAUUUUAGCAGAAUUCAAACGAACUCUAGGCCCAGAAUGGAAUGUUUAUACUAAUAAUUUUGAUCCGGAGAUAUUACAUAAAUUAAAUGAACGCUAUGGGAUCUACAGUCAAAGCUCGAUAUAA